UAUGUAAAAACAAUAUGAAUUAUUUUUUAACGCAACUAUUUACAGAGUCAGAGCAGACUUUAGCGCGUCCGGUGACUCCGUCGGCGAGGCGUCACACUCACGGACUCACCUAAUCGCAAACCCGUCAGCCCUUCUAGAAAUCAACUAACGGAAAGGUUUGUCCUCGUAAAUCGAUAAAGCACGGGGGGCUUUCUUUACAAAAGUGAGCUACGUAGCCUAGUGCAGCAACGCCCCGGAGCUCUGACUCUGAGGCCUCGGCCCGGCGACGACGACGAGUGCGCGGUGACGCGAGCGCAAGAGAGAACAAAGCUUUGACGCGCACCCACUCCUGCCGCCUCCCUCAGUCCCGACUCCCGAACACGCGCGCGCAGGCCCAGCACAGCACGGACGACGACGCAGCGAGAGGCUCGGAAGGAGGAAAGAGUCGCCGGCGGAGACCCCAAUCGAUCGAAGGCCCCCGGUCGCUUCGCCCGCGAGGCAUAUCAGUGCCCCCUUGGCCACCGGGUAAAAGCUUUCCUGGGGGAUACGAUCGGCUCUGCGGCCUGCCACGGAUCGGAGGGCUUUUGCUGGUGACUCCUGGGGGAUUUUCGGUCGGGGUUUGGAGCUUUCCUGGUUUUGGGAGCUAGCUAGCUGGCUGUCCAGCGACUCCAUGGAUUAGAGGUGAUGGUAGCUAGCUGGCCCAAUCUCGAUCCGAUCAUCAUCUUGCUUGACCACGAUUUUCUUGCUUUCCUCUAGAUCUUAUUAAAAGUACAAGUUUUUUUCCCGAAAACUGUUGCACUUUAUGUGUUGGAAAGACUCUCUACGUACACGGAGGGAAAAAAACAAGAGGUUAGGUCCAAGUGUGGAACAGCUGCUGAGUAGUGAUUGCUGUUGCUGAGAUGAAGUUCAUGACUUCAUGUCAGUUAGUGGCGACGUUUCAUGCUUACAGCACUACAUCACACUUCUCCUGUGCUGGCCGCUAUAUCAUCUUUACUGCACACGGAAGUGUUUAUGGAUGCUUCCGUAAUAUAUGUACACAUGCACAUGAAUGAAAUGGGGUGAUUCAUAACUGGCUGUAAUUUUUGAAUUUUCCAUACUAUAUGCACGAUAGAGACGAUAAUAAAACUGUCUCCCACUACAAGGAGGUGUGUAUGAUCACAUUCUGCUUAGCUUACUUGUAACAAUCUGUGCAGUUUCUUUUCUGUAAGGCUUUGUUCGUUUACACCAAUCCCGCUCUGGAUUAGCAUGGAUUGGAAUUAAAUCCAUGCCUCAAUCCAUGCCCCAAAAUAAUCCAUGACUACUUAAUUUUUUUUAUUCGGUUAAACCCAUCAUGGAAUAUAACUCAAAGGUUUGGGAAAUUUUUAAACUAUGGAAGACAUGGAUUCUAUCCAUAGCCCAUUAGGUAUGGAACAAAUCCAUGAGAUAUUGCACAAGUUUACAUUAGAAUCCAUGGAUUAAAAGAAUAACUAGCUUUGAAAGUCACAUGGAUUUGUUGAUGGAUUUAAUCCCACCAUGGGAUUGGGUGUGAGAUAUGGAUUCACCCAAUCCAUACCCGGAUUAAAUCCAUGGUGGGAUUAUAUCCCAUGUAACCGAACAAGGCCUAAGCUGAUCAUUUUUUUCCAUGAACUUGUGUUUAUAGGAGUAAAAAAAACUGUGAAAGCUUUGGGAAUGGAGUUGACAGCUUCGACUGAAUAACAGAAGAAUUUUCACUCGUCUUCUCCUGAUCUCAUGGAACUUCUUGAUAGUAAUGGCCACGGGGAAACAAGAGCACAGGGUGCUGAAAACAUUGCACCAGUUUCUGCUAAUAGUCCAGAUACAUCAUCGGAAAUGCAAGGGAAGUUACCUCACAGUUUGACAGAGCACCAGGAAGAAAUGGGGUCCCCUGCAGGCCAUGCAGGGAGUUUGUCGCCGAAAAUUGUCUCCCACAUAGAACCAGCUCGAGCAUCUGAUGACCCCUCAAAAGAUGAGGGACGUCAUGCUGCUUUAUUAACAGAUAAGAGUGGAGUUGAAAUCAUAUACGAAAAUGGUUUUACUGGCGCCAGUAGUAUUAUUCCAGCAGCUGAAAUGAAAUCUGAAGAAGACAAUAUGUACUGUCGUAACAACGUUGCCGUCACCCCCACAAAGAAAGUAGAAUCAGUAAAGGGGUGCGAAGGCUCACACACAGGUCUUGUUGACACUAGCGCCCCAUUCGAGUCUGUUAAACAGGCUGUCACCAAGUUUGGAGGAAUUGUUGAUUGGAAAGCCUACAGGGCUCGGUCAUUAGAGAGACGCAGGGUCAUGCAACUUGAACUUGAGAAGGUUCAGCAAGAGAUUCCACAGUUCAAAGAAGACUGGGAGACUGCUGAGGUGGCCAAGGCACACGUCAUUGAGGAGCUAGAGAGAACUACCAGACUUGUCGACGAGCUGAAGCAUGAGCUGGAGAGGGCACAGCUCGAAGUGGACCAAGCGAAGCAAGAUUCCGAGCUUGCCCUGCUGAGGGCACAAGAGAUGGAGCAAGGGAUUGACGAUGAAGCUAGUGUAAUAGCCCAGACACAGUUGGCAGUCGCCAAAGAAAGACAUGAAAAGGCUGUUGAGGAGCUGGAAUUGCUGAAAGAGGAGCUAAGAUCAACGCAUGAACAGUAUGCUGUAUUAGCCACUGAAAGGGAUGUAGCCGUUAAAAGGGCCAAGGAAGUUGUUCGUGCUGCGAAGGAUACUGAGAAGCAAGUAGAGGAACUCACUUUAGAACUGAUCGCAUCCAAAGAGUCUCUCGAGUCAGCCCACGCUUCACACCAUGAGGUUGAAGAGCACAGGCUCGGGGCAGCUUUGGCGAAAGAGCAGGAUUUCCUGGCUUGGGACAAAGAGCUGCAGGAGGCACAAGAGGAGCUAAACCAGCUCCACGAACAAAUCGCAUCGAAAACGAAUGUGGAGGCUGAAGCUGUUGAAAACGAGCGCAAACUACUUAGCCUGAAAAGUGAGCUAGCUGCCUAUGUGGAAGACAAAUUGAAUGAAGAGGCUGGAAUGCUUCAGCAACAAGGUUCUGACGAAGAAAAAGAAAUCAGUAGGUCAAUCAAGCAAGCUCUUGCUUCAAAAAGGAAGGAGCUUGCUGAACUUAAAGGGAAACUAGAAAAUGCGAGAAAUGAAGCCAACCUAGUAAGAGUUACUGCAGAAUCACUCAGUUCAGAGCUCGAUAGGGAGAAAGCUUCACUCGCCGCAUUGCAGCAGAGCGAGGGUAUGGCAUCCAUCACAGUUUCCUCUCUAGAAGCCGAGCUCGAUAGGACAGAGCAAGAGAUAGAGAUGGUACAUAAGAAAGAAGCGGAAGCUCGGGAAAAAAUGGCGGAGCUUCCAAGGAUGUUGCAGCGAGCAGCCCAGGAGGCAGAAGAUGCCAAGAUGGCGGCUCACUCGGCACAAGAGGAACUGAGAAAGGCCAAGGAAGAGGUUGAGCGGGCCAAGGCUUCUGCGACAACGGCAGGUACCAGGUUGCGUGCAGUUUCGAAGGAGAUAGAGGCGUCUAAAGCAUCUGAGCGGCUAGCCAUAGCGGCAGCUCAAGCGAUGCAAGAGAGCGAGGACACAGGAAGCACUGGCGCUUCUCCUCGAGUAGUAACGCUUCCUGUAAGUGAGUACCAUGCUCUUAGCGAGAAGGUUCAUGAAGCCGAAGAACUUGCAAACGAGAGGGUGGCGGUCGCGUUGGCGCAGGUAGAGUUGGCAAAGGUGUCUGAAUCGAGGAGUCUAGAGAGGCUACAGGAAGCGUCCAAGGAGACGGAGAAAAAGAAGAGCGAUCUUCGCAUCGCGCUGGAGAGGGCCGAGAGGGCAAAUGAAGGGAAGCUUGGCGCUGAGCGGGAGCUGAGAAGAUGGAGAGCUGAACAUGUGCAGCGUCGGAAAGCCCAUGAGGCUGCACAGCAUGCAGUUAGUCCGGUAAGAACUCCACCCAGGAUGUUUGUCCAGCAGAAGGGCUCUUAUCUGGAAGGAAACGAACUCAGAGAUCCAAAGGUGCACAAGUCAACUGGCAGCAUGGAUCAGUUUGUUUCGGACAAGAAAUCGAGGAAAAAGAAGUCGUUCUUAACCCAGUUGUCCACACUUUUGUCUAGAAAGACACAUGCACAAACAUAAGAGUGAUUGUUCUUGAAAAAAAAGAGUUUCUGUAUCUUUGUAAAAUGUUAAUGGUGUAAAUCUAGUUUUGGAUCAUGCUCUUGUAAAUUGUUUCGCACUUGAAGACUUUAUGAGUGUAUGUCUUUGUAUGGUGUGUUUUUUUUCUGCUUUACAUCGAAAACCCUGGAUGGAAUAUCCUUUGUGAUACAA